AUGGAUUCCGAUAGUAAUUCAAAUGAUGGUCAUAUGCAUAUGGGGCAUCAUUAUAUUGACGAUGGUGGAUCUGACGAUGAUGACCAACAAGGUCAUCAUUCACAACGUUUAGACGACAACGGUUUAAGAGAUGGCAGUUAUGUUGAACAACGUUAUACAGGCCCAUUACGUGAACAAGAUCGUUUUUUACCGAUUGCUAAUGUAGCAAAAAUAAUGAAAAAAGGCGUACCAGAUAAGGGAAAAAUAGCAAAAGAUGCUAAAGAAACAAUUCAAGAAUGUGUAUCUGAAUUUAUUAGUUUUAUAACAUCUGAGGCAUCUGAUCGUUGUUUACAAGAAAAACGUAAAACAAUAAAUGGUGAAGACAUAUUAUUAGCAAUGUUAACAUUAGGUUUUGAUCAAUACGUUGAACCGUUAAGACUAUUUUUAACAAAAUUACGUGACGCAUCAAAAUAUGAUCGAACAAUAACAAUGGGUGGUGAUUUAAGUGAUGAUUUGAGACAACAAAUUGCUACUUCUUCAUCAUCAACUACAGGAACUGGAAGUGGUAGCAAUGGGUUAGAACCCUAUGGAAGUUCACAAUCAUCAUCUGUUAAUCAAUUGAAUACAAAUGAUAUUGGCGAUAAAUCUCCGUCUUAUCCAUUGUUACAUCAAAAUGUACUAGAAUCCGUAAUUAGUAAUGAUAAUACAAAUGAUCAACAAUCAUUAUUAUCACUACUUGAUUCGAUUAUCGAUGAUUUAAUAUUUAAUAUUGUCGUUGAAUUACACACAUCAGAUCCAUCCACUUUAGUCACUACUACCACUAACACAUUACAUCAAUCACAAAAACCAAAAAAUGGUUCGACAAGAAAACGUCGAAAAUCUUUAACACCGGUAUCAUCAACAACACAACAACUGUCAACAUCGACAAUAAAUAUUGCAAAAUUUACAGCUGUAUGUCCUCAUUGUGGUCAAAACAAUAUUGUUGCAAUACGUUUUGCCUAUCAUUUAGCCAAAUGUCUAGGUGUGGGUCGUUCAUCCGCCCGUACAGCAAAAAAUCGUUUAAUUGAAUAUGGCAUGCUUAACGAUGCAGAUGAAGAUGAAUAUGUCUAUAUUAAUGAACAUUAUCCAGCAACUAAUGGAAUUUUAGAGGAACAGUAUGAUGCUAGUUCCUGUACAGAUUCGACAUCAAGUUCUGUUACAUUAUUCCAGACAAAUCAUAAUAUUUUGGAGACAAAACUAAAUGGAACUCGACGUCAUGCAAGUGAAGAUGAAUAUAAACAAGACUUUGAGGACGAAGAAGAAGAUGAUGAUUGGCGUCCACGAAAAAAACGAAAACGGCAAACAACAAAACAACGAAAAUUUGGAAGAACGAAAAAGAAACAACAAGAACAACAACAAUCGUCUUCAAUUGCUCCCGUAGAAAAUGAUUUUGAACUAGAAUGCAUUAUUCCAUUGGAAAAAGUCGAUUCAGUAACAAAAGAAACGAUUAUUCCAGUAAUUCAAUUACAAGACACAACGGUUACCCAUACAUCAGCCGUCAUACACAAAACACCCGAAAAAGCACCACAAAAAAAUUUAUUUUUCACAACAAAAAAAUCUCCGACUUUCUCAAAAGUUUCAUGCGAUCAAUCAAAAUUAUCCUGUCGUUUACAACCAUUUUUCAAUCAUUCCUCUCAAUCUUCUUUGUCGACCUCAUCGACAACUCUUCCUACAUCUUCACCUACAUCGACAAUCACAACGACGACGACAUUGUAUCCAGGUACACCCUUCAGUCAUCAAUUUAUUUUAUCAUCACCAUUGAACAACAGUGCGAAAUAA